GUGUUCAUUGAGGAAAGUUGGGAAAUCUCUGCCUAUAUAAGCCGAGAACAAUUCUUGGAUCUUCACACUUGCGCUUUGCGAUCCUCUGUCAACUCUUGUGGAAUAGUAGCAGCAGUUGCUCAAUACCUACAGUCAUGAACUCAUUGAUAUCCUUCGCCUGUCUCGUCGCUUUGUUCUGCUGCACAGCCUCAGCUGGCCCUCUAUUUCCAUAUGCACCAUAUGCCGCUUAUGGAAAAGGCUACUAUACACCACUCUUACCAGGUCCAGCUGCAGUAGCCGCUGUGCCCGCAGCUCCAGCAGUACCAGCUGUACCUGCCCGUUAUGCUGCCCCUGCCUAUCCAGCUCCAGCUGCUGCCGUGGCGGCUCCUGUAGCACCAGCUGUACCUGCUGCUGUCGUACCAGAAUACUACCCUUACCCCGCUGCUGCUGCCGCCCUCAAUUAUCUUGGUUACCCCUAUGGAUACCCCUAUUACCCCUACGGAUAUGGUGCCUUGGUUGCUCCAUACAAAAAAUGAAUGACAUCCUAAGAACUGGACUGAUUUUGUCAAGGUCUUUGAUUCAUGCAUUGGGGAAACAAGUGGUUGAUUUGGUACAAAAUGGUGGAAACUGGGGACAAUAACUUCUCUUCCGCAUUGCGUUAGAAACAGUUCUUUUUCAAAUCAAGCAUCGGAUUUUUUUCUCUGCAUGUAAUUUAAGACCAAAUAAAUGAGUUUUUAUACAUCUUAA